GUUUUCUUUGUGUGGCAGUAGUGAGCUGACGUCAGGUCGGUUCCUUGAAGUGGAGCUGAAUAAACCUUGAGAAGAGUCUCCUUCAAUCUGCUGUUAGUAACUAACACACACACUCACACACACCGAGACUCAAUUACUGCCCAAUUCCCUUCUUUAUCAUUCGUCCCCGACCUCUUUCAUAACCAAAGAGGGGGAGAAAAAAGCGAGAAGAAGACGGAGCCGAAGUGUUAUUUGAACUAAAAACGCUGGAAAUAAGUGUAAAGUGUCGAAACUAAAAAAAAGGUGUUGCAGCAGUUAUGUCAAAGAGUUGAAGACAUCUCUAACAAUAUGGAGUCUGGAGAGCGGCUGGCCUCCCCUGCGCCCACCCUGUCUGCUGCUCGCACCUCCUCCCCUGUGGCCUCUUCUUCCUCCUCCUCCUCCUCCUCCUCCUCUUCCUCUUCGUCAUCGCCCGCUCCCCACUCUAAGAGCAGCCUGGCCCCGAGCCCCUCAGCUCUGGGAUCCACCCUCAGCACCUCUGGCCGUUUGUUUGGAGCAGCAGGAGAGCAGCCCUUCAUCGGCUCCACAUUGUCAAGUGCCUUCCCUCUGGUUAACCACCCAGCCUUCGGAGCCCUCUACUCUGCCGGAGCUGGCAGGCCUGAGUUUGGGGGCCUGGGCUCCCUAGGCAUGUCAGCUGCUCUGGCCGCCCACCCACAGUUAGGAGCCCUUUCUGAGUGGUGGCGAGCUGCUGAAGCCCACGGACGGGGAGCUGCUGCCUUUCUCCCCUCUUUCAUCGGCUUUCCUCCGUUCUUUGCCCCUCACAUUCAGCCCAAUCACAACGUUAGUCCUGUUCAGCUCAGGAUGCCCGGCAAGAAUAGCCAUUCCCCGGCUAAAGGGGUGAAUGGUGCAGUGAAUGGCAGCGGGGUCUGUCCUCCUACCACACAAUCAGGCAGUUUUUCUGCAAACCCGGCUCCCGUUCAGGCAUCAAAAAAGCCCACCAAAAACUCCGACCCCUCUAAUAGCCACCGUAGCAGCCCUCCGAACAAUCCAGCAGAGUUGGUGGAAAAGACAAUUCAGAAGCCUAAAGAGAAGAAGCCACGGAAGAAGCCGGCUGACACUUCUUUGGCGAGUGAAUCAGGCACAUCCUCAGACAGCUCAAGUGACGGGUCCCUCAGCAGUGAUCUGGAAGACCUGGCAGAGGAUGACGAAGACGACGAUGACGACGACGAGGAUGACGAAGAGGAGGACAAACAGAGUGAACUAUCAGACUCUGACAAGAAGUCAAAGAAGAAAACAAAGGUUAUGUUAUCUAGCACUGGAACCGCAAAGGCGGACAGGUCACACUCUGAGGACAAGAAAGACACCGGGAAGGUCCCAUCCAACCCCCCGAACCUCGUGCCCUUACCCUGCUCUGCCUCCCCUCCAGCCUUGUCCCAGACAUCGCCACUGCCCCAUCACAGCUCCAGGUCCCGGACGGAGGGGCCGCAGCAACACUUCAGUGUGAUCCAGUCCACUGGCCUGGCCGCCAACUCAAAGCCCCUGGCACUCCUCGGCGCUCAACCCCACAGGGAGUCUUCACCAUCUUCCUCCCCCAUAGCCCUCACCACAUCUCCGAAGGCAAUCUCCAGCACUGCCUCCCCGAAACCUCCCAAACUGCUGCCCUCAUCUUCCCCCCAACACCUGCCCCUCUCCCUCUGCUCCUCCCCCAAGCCUCUCUCGGUCCCUUCUCCACCCCGCUCCACCCUCCCGCUGUCUACCUCCCCGAAAUCUCAUGGUUUGACCCCCUCUUUAACAAGCCCGCAGAAGUCCUCGUUGAAGCCACCAAAGCGCGCUGCUCCUGGCACCACCAAAUCCAACAAAAGGAAACUGCUGGAAGCUUCACUUGCGCAGAUCAAUGAGUUCAGGCUCAAACAGACUCUCAUGUCCCAAGGGCAGACGUUCCCAGCUGAGCGAAAGAAGCAGCAGCAGGGGCCAAACAAAUCUCCCAAAAGGACAUCUCUGUCUUCAUCGCCAUUGCCACCCGUUCCGCCUCCUCCACCCCAGAACAAUCACUCCAACCUCUUCCUCUCGAGUGCCCUGCUGGGUCUCCCUGAACCCCAUCACCCAAAUGGAGUCAUCCAAAGCACCACUCAGGACGCACCUUUGGCCCUCAUCACCAAACCUCGCAAAGACUCUGCCUCUCAAGGCAAGUCCCCUCAGCGCGACUCAGAUGCUGGGUCGAUGCCUGUCAAUCUGAGCACAGGGGCAAGUAGGACCCAGGCUGGGUCCCCGUCGCAGCCCCCGACUACCUCACCCCAUGGGACAGGCCAUGGAUCCAGAAAGAACAAGACCUCGAAGGGUAAAGGACAGACACCGGGGCCGGGGCAGGGACAGGGACAGGGACAAGGACAAGGACAGGGACAGGGACAAGGACAGGGACAGGGACAGGGACAAGGACAAGCAGACCCUUCAGCUGACUGGAAGGGCUUCUCUCAGAACCACCUGGUACAGUCUCUAGUAGAUUUGUUUCGGGGAGGAGCUCCCGGGAUUGGGAUUCCUGGAGUGAGCAUCCCUGGAGUCGGUAUUCCUGGAGUGGGGAUCCCCGGGAUGUGUAACCCCACAGCUGGUCUCCCAGCCAACAAGGAAUCCGACGAUUCAGGGGACGACGACGAUGAUGAGGAUGACGACCUUGAGGAGGAGGAGGAGGAGGAUGAAGAGGACACAGAUGAUAGUCUGUCAGAGUCUGACAGCAACUCAGACAGCGACGUCUCCGGGAAGAAAGUGAAGGAGUUAAAGCUGCUGCCGUCUGGAUCAUCUAAGAAGGAGAUGACUUCCCGCAGGCUAACCAAAGGCCCAGAACUACUGAACACCUCAACCAAUCACACCGCCACCAGCUGCUCUCCUCUAAACCUACAGGUCAUCAAGACUCCCACCAUCGCCACCAGCUCCAGUGCCUUGGCCUAUCACAGCACUCCAGGCUCUUCUUCUUAUAGCCUCGCCUCUCCAUUAGGCUUAGGGAAGAGGAAGAGGGUGACGGAUGAGAAGGAGUUGAUGAUACCUCUGGAGUUGGGGUGGCGAAGAGAAACGAGAAUCAAAUCAGUGGCCGGACGGCCGCACGGCGAGGUGGCCUACUAUGCCCCCUGUGGCAAGAAACUGAGGCAAUACCCAGAUGUGAUGAAGUAUCUAUCCAGAAAUGGAAUAAGUGGCAUCGCGCGUGAUAAUUUUAGCUUCAGUGCAAAGAUAAGGGUUGGUGACUUCUAUGAAGCCAGAGAAGGACCCCAGGGUUUACAGUGGAGCCUGUUGAAGGAAGAGGAGGUCAUUCCUCGUAUUUUGGCGAUGGAAGGACGCAGGGGUCGUCCCCCGAAUUCCGAGCGUCAGUUAGCGGGCGAAAGUGCCAAAGGUAACCGACGAAGGAAGGGGCGACCCCCUAAUGUGGGCGAUCCACUGGCGCCCGAGGGUCCAAGUCCCAGUGAGGUCAAACUGCUGCGCAAACUAGAGGCUCAAGAAAUAGCCAGACAGGCCGCCCAGAUGAAGCUUAUGAGAAAACUGGAAAAGCAAGCACUGGCGCGUGCAGCCAAGGAAGCUCGGAAACAGCAAGCUAUCAUGGCAGCUGAGGAGCGGAGGAAGCAGAAAGAGCAGAUCAAGAUCCUCAAGCAGCAGGAAAAGAUCAAGCGUAUUCAGCAGAUUCGAAUGGAGAAGGAACUCAGAGCGCAGCAAAUUUUGGAGGCCAAACGGAGGAAGAAAGAGGAAGCCGCCAACGCCAAAAUACUAGAAGCUGAAAAACGAAUAAAGGAGAAAGAGUUGAGGAGACAGCAGGCGGAGAUCCUCAAACACCAGGAGUUGGAGAGGCAUAGACUAGAUAUGGUAUGGGAGAGGGAAAGGAGGCGGCAACAUGUAAUGCUGAUGAAGGCGGUUGAGGCUCGCAAGAAAGCAGAGGAGCGUGAACGCUUGCGGCAGGAGAAAAGGGAUGAGAAGCGCUUGAACAAAGAGCGUAAACUGGAGCAACGGAGGCUGGAGCUGGAGAUAGCGAGGGAACUGAAGAAGCCAAAUGAAGAUAUGUGUCUGUCUGAUCAUAAGGCUCUUCCUGAUUUCUCCCGGAUCCCCGGACUCAUCCUGCCGGGACGUGCCGUGUCGGAUUGCCUGAUGCUGAUGCAGUUCUUGCGAGGCUUCGGGAAGGUUCUGGGCCUCGAUUUGAAUGCCGACGUGCCCACCCUGGGUAUGCUGCAGGAGGGCUUGCUCAAUGUGGGCGACAGCAUGGGCCAGGUUCAGGACCUUCUGGUCAAAUUGCUCUCUCUGGCAGUCUGUGAUCCCGGUCUACCACCUGGACAAAAGACAAAAACAAUGCUGGGAGACCACCUGACCAACGUUGGCAUCAACAGGGAUAACGUCUCUGAGGUGCUGCAGAUGUACAUGGGAGCCCAUUGUGCCAAUACAGAACUGGCUCCUCUGGCCCUCAGUCUGAAGACCAAGGCUUUUCAGGCUCACUCGCCUGCCCAGAAGGCCUCAAUCCUGGGUUUCUUGGCUAACGAACUGGCCUGCAGCAAAGCUGUUAUCAGUGAGAUCGACAAGAACUUGGAUCAGAUGGCAAACAUGAGGAAGGACAAGAUCAUCAUGGAGGGAAAACUGAAGAAGUUGAGGACCAUUUAUGCCAAACGAACUGGGAGGAGGGAGGCCAGUAUGGGCGUGGAAGAAAACCAGUCAGUGGGCACCCCGUCCUCAGCCACCAAACGCAAGAGGAAACUGGCGGCUGACAGUGAAGACGACGACGAAGAUGACGAAGACAGCGAUGACCCUGCAGAGGACGACGAAGAGGAGGAGGAGGAAGAGAUGAAAAAGGUUAAAAAAGUGGAGACAUAUGAUGAGGAUGAUGUUGACCAAGCCACCAGUAUUGAAGAGCUGGAGAAACAAAUUGAGAAAUUAGCCAAGCAACAUCACCAGACCAGAAGAAAGCUGUUUGAGAUCUCCCAUUCUCUGCGCUCCAUGAUGUAUGGACAGGACCGCUACCGCCGCCGGUACUGGGUGCUUCCCCACUGUGGGGGGGUCUUCAUUGAAGCCAUGGAGAGCGGAGAAGCUCCAGAGGAACUGGAAGAGGAGCGACAGAGAAGGAGGAGAGCCGCAGAGGAGGUUAAGGUCAAAGAAGAACCUCAGGAGAUCGAAUUGCAGAAGGAGAAACCCUCCGGCCUCGAUGGGCCGGGCAUUCGAACGCAAGGCUUGGAGAUACAGAAAGAGGAGGAAAAGGAGCACGAGGGGAAGAUAGACUCCCCAGCUGUCUUCUACCAGCAACCAGGCUGUGUUUCCAAACUGUGCACACUCCGCGAUGUCAGCAAGGACGUUGGCAAAGAAUCUGUGAAGGCAGAGGACAAGGAGAGUCCCCACGUGAGACAAAACGGCAGUCCCGUGGGCUCUCCCACUGUCACAACCACAGCAACGCCAUCCUCCCCCCUUCUCAAUACCCCAGAGCCGGCGGCAGCAACAACUCCCUCCAUGGUGACCACUAAUGACACUACAAACAUCCCUCCCCCAGCCUCCGCCUCUUUAUCUGUCCCGUGCCUGCCAGCUCCUCGCGAAAGCCCAGGGAACACUCCCCCAGCCUCGUCGCCCGCCCCGUCUCCUCACCUCUCAUUCCAAGCCAACGACCAGCUGCUCAGAGUCCUGACGGAGAGGAGCGGACACUGGUUCAGUCUGCUCCCUCGCAACCCCUGUGACCUCACCUCCCUCACCACGACUCCUCCAGGAGCGCCUCGCGUGUCCCCUCAGGCAACCUCCACCCCGGGCCGACCCAGAUCCCCACCUCCGUCCCCUGCCCUUCCUCUCACCCCUUCCGCUGCCUCGGCCUCAGCCAGCCCGCACCACCCGGCCGGCCUCCUAAACUACCCAUUAUCUGCCCUGCAGGUGAAGUCAGGUGGUUCAUUGCUAGGAGUUUCUUUCGGGAGUUGGCCCAGUGGUAUGAUAAGUCCCAGCCUGCCUCUGUGCAGCAGCCCCAGCCCCGUGCCGGGUCAUUCUCUAGAGGGGAACACGGCGGCGAGUGUCUCCAGUAAGAGCGAAUCACCUUUACCUCGCAUUGAGAAAACCUCCUCCAUGCCCUCUCCCGCCUUGGAGAUGCCCAAAUCCCUCGAUCACGCCAUACCUCGGCCCAUCCCGGAGGAGAUGCUGACAGGUUGGUGGCGGGUGUCUGACAUUGAAGAGCUGAGAGCUCUGGCCAAUGCUCUCCACAGCCGAGGAAUGAGAGAGAAGGUCCUCCAGAGGCAGAUGCAGAAAUACAUGGAGAUCAUCCCCCAGGUCUGCACCAAACACAAAGAUGUGGCCAUGAUCGAGCUCCGUGAGCUGGAGGAGAGCCAGGUCAGCGUGGAGUCGGUGCGGGGCUGGUGCGUUGAGGAGCAGGCGAUGGAAAUGGACAUUGCUGUGCUGCAGCAGGUUGAGGAACUGGAGAGGAAGGUCACUGCAGCCAGCCUGCAAGUCAAGGGCUGGACGUAUCCGGACCCUCAGUCCGAACGGGAGGACCUUGUGUAUUAUGAGCACAAACCCCCGACCAAAUCAACGCCAGCAUCAGCAAAUGCAGGAGACAAGGAGUCCAAGGACCAUCCGGAGGAGCGGGGGGAGAAGGGCGGGGUGAUGCGUCACCCGGACAACCCGCUGGACAUAGCAGUGACACGUCUGGCCGAUCUGGAGCGCAACAUCGAGAGAAGGUACCUGAGGAGCCCCUUAGGUACCACCAUUCAGAUCAGGCUGGAUAAUGUGGGUACGGUCACUGUCCCUGCCCCCGCCCCAUCCACUAGUGCUGACAGGGAAGGCGGCGAGGAGGAGGUGGCCCACGGCAUGAAGGUUUGGAGGAAGGCCCUGAGCGAGGUGCGCAGCGCUGCCCAGUUGGCCAUGUGUAUCCAGCAGCUGCAGAAGUCCAUCGCCUGGGAGAGGUCCAUCAUGAAAGUGUACUGUCAGAUUUGUAAGAAGGGGGAUAACGAGGACCUCCUCCUGCUGUGUGAUGGUUGUGACAAAGGCUGCCACACUUACUGUCACAAACCCAAGAUCACCAGCAUCCCAGAAGGAGACUGGUACUGCCCAGCCUGCAUAUCCAAGGCAAGUGGUCCGUCCCCAAAAAGCAAGAAGCCUCCCACCAAACCGGUAGCAACAAGUGGAGGGAGCGCUAAGAAAGGCGCAGAGGCGAAGAAGAACGGGAAGCAGCAGGCGGGUAAUGGCGAGGUAUCAGAGGACGACUCUGCCAGCGCCAGCAGCACGCCCAAGAAGGGAGCGAAAGACGCCAACAGGAAAAGGAAGGCAGAGGAAAGUUCACCUGCUCUGAUAGUGGCCAAUCAGGAAAGCCCUGCGUGUGUGAAGCGAGCCAAGACAGCUCGAGACAACAACAGGGACCUGGGGUUGUGCAGAGUACUCCUCGCUGAGUUGGAACGGCAUCAGGAUGCAUGGCCCUUCCUCACACCUGUCAACCUGAAAUCAGUCCCUGGCUACAGGAAGGUCAUCAAGAAACCGAUGGACUUCUCCACCAUACGUGAGAAGCUUGUGAGCAGCCAAUAUCAAAACCUGGAGACUUUCAUCAUUGACGUCAACCUGGUCUUUGACAAUUGCGAGAAAUUCAAUGAAGACAAUUCAGACAUUGGCCGAGCCGGCCAUAACAUGAGGAAGUUCUUCGAGAAGCGCUGGACUGAGCUUCUGAAACAAACAAACUAAAACAAAAAAAAAAAAAUCUGUUCAGACUCUCCCCAUAAACCCAUUCAACUUUUCAUCAUGGCGCACCAGGUUUUGAUUUCAUUUUUACUUUCUGAUGGAGAUUGUGGCUUUGCGGAAUUGAAGAAUAAGAAGAAGAAGAAGGAGUCAAUUCGUCACUAAGGAAGUUGUGGUGUGCUUAAGAGAGAUGUCACCUUGGGAAAAAAAAAAAAAAAAAGUUGUUACAUGAGGUGCGCUGGAUUUAUUACAACAGGGAUAAAAGCCCCAAAGAGUCCCAGAGAAAUGGGGUGUCAUAGUGCAAUACCAUUCCCUGUCUCAGAACACUGCACUGAAUGAAUCCUCAAAUGUCACUGAUGUGUCUGCUCUAGAAUACUUUCCACUACUUGUAAAUAGUCUUUUGUUAUUUAAUCGUAUUAUAGUGAAUGUAUUUAAUUUUGUAAUAAUUAUUUAUGAAUCAAGGUCCACUUCAUUUUCUAUGAAAAGGAGGAAUCAGCAGAACUGCUUUGAAUUAAAAAAAAAAAAGGAAUGUGUCUUUGUGUUAUAAUUUUUUUCUUUUCCUCCCAAAUAUCAAACAAAGCCAAGAAAAAAAAAAAAACCUGUUUACACUGUUCAGAGGCAUCAGAGGACUGUAUUCAUUUGUUCAAACUGUAAAACUGCAUUUAUUUACAGGAACAGCAGAGAAACAGUUAAGACAUUGGUGAUUCAUGUGUAUAUACUGUUUAUUAAUGUCAAUAUUAUGUCUUGUUUGGAACGACGUGUAAAAAUUGUUUAAGAAUAUUAAGAUAUUGUUUAUGCCUUAGAAUGAUUGUAGCAUUCUAUUUUAGUGAACGUGAUGAAAACAUUAUCAUAAAUAUUGUUUGUACAGUAUAUACAUAUCCUCUGCAAACACUGUGGUAUCCUUAAUCUUGGUAGUGCCUACCCUUCCAACAGGGGCAUGUAGGGGAUGUUAUUGUUUUUAGUUUUCAUUCUUACGACAAUUAUUUUUUUAUAUGAUUUCCAAUCCAACAAGGCCUCCAGAGUUGGACAGUGACAUAGAAAUCAUUCCUCAAGACCGCAGAGAAAAAAAAGGAACAACGAGCAUUCAGUUAUGCUUCCAUAAUGCAUUUCCUCGUAAUCUGCCACAAUACAGAGGACCUAAGGCCAUUUGUAACCACUGUGUUGAACCUUGCUGUGUGUUGUGGCCUGAUGGAGGCAGCUAGAUUUUUUUGUACCCAAGUCAAAAGUACUUGAAGUUACUUUAUUUAAGAUAUUGUGGAAUAAAAGUAUCAUUCUUUUGUAGGAGCUUUAUUUUUCACUAGUGUGUGGCACGGACCUAUUAAAAGGAUGUUUUUCAACGUA